AGUCUAGUGGCGACUGUCGUGGUGAACGCACUGAGGGAGAGCAAAAAACUAUCUGUACUUUUAUCAACAUAGCGGAACAUUGUGUAAAGCACGCGCGAGUCUGGUCUUCCGUCUCACUCUGCCCCACACGAACACACGACGAACCGAGAGAAAAUACCAUACCUGUAAAGCAGGCACACGGUGCAUGGAAAAUCGGAAAAUCUUUUUGCUUAACAAAGUUGGCCCCUUCCCAUCCAAGUGUCAAUUUAAAAUAUAUAGUCAUAGCCAGAUCACACAAAAUUCUAAUUCUUACACUAGCAAACAAGCACCAGCAAGGCAGCAGACAGCAAAACAUCUGUGCUCAAAAAUCGAUCCACACAAUACGCGAAUUAAUUGUGCGGGUUUAACAUAAUUAAACUUUAUUUUCGCUAUAAUACACAUUAGUUUUCGUUAUAUUUCGGCUUGCACCAUAAUUAUAAACGGAGAAACAGACAAAAAUAGCUGCAGCCUCAGCUUUGAAGCUUCACGAGUUGAGUGUUAACGGUGAAUUACGUUUGAUAGUAAAAACAAAAGCGCAACAACCGCGGUGGCUUAGUCAUCCGUGCGAGAGAUUCGCUGCUGCUACUGCUGCUGCGAGAGAUUCGCCGAGGAGGUAUCUCCCAUCCCAUACGAAUUCCAUUCGAAGGAACUCCAAAGUCUCUCAUAAUUACGAAAUUGCAUCAGUUGGAGAAACGCCUACAACGACACGCCAGUGAUUACAACAACCACAUACGUCAGAGACAAACAACAACAACGUCAAGGCGAUUCGUGCCCCCCAGCCGCAUCUAAAAUUGGUCAAUUGUGUGCGGUUUACAUAUAGAGGAGAGCGUAGACAGUGCAGGCGGCACACCUGUUUGGUGGCGGCUACUGGAACCCUUGGACUGGACUGGGACUGCACGGGUCACUGGGAAGCAACACACAAUGACGCGCCUCACGGAGGAAAUGGUCAUCGCUCGGGCCAAGCAAUCGGAUCUGGGCCUAAUUACCAAACUGAAUUGCUGGGGAAGUGAUCUCACCGAUGUAUCCAUCAUCAAACGCAUGCGUGGUGUCGAAGUGCUGGCGCUUAGCGUGAAUAAAAUCAGCACCUUGGCGCCCUUUGAAGACUGCUCGAAGCUGCAGGAAUUAUAUCUGCGCAAGAAUCACAUUCAGGAUAUCAAUGAGAUUGCCUACCUGCAGAAUCUGCCAGCACUGAAGAACCUCUGGCUGGAGGAGAAUCCCUGCUGUGAACAGUCUGGGGCCAACUAUCGAGCGAUCGUAUUGCGCGCUCUGCCCAAUCUGAAGAAACUCGAUAAUGUGGAAGUCACACAGGAGGAGGUGGACGAUGCCUUGCGACGCGGCGGCAGUUCGGUGCCCGAGGAUGAGGUGUACGAAGAUGCGUAUGAGGCUAGACAGCAGCAGCUCACAUCGACGCAGCAUAGCUACCCCACCCACUCGCCGCCACCGCAGCUGCAGCAGCAGCAACAACCUCAACAUCAGCAGCCACAGCAGCAGCGCCAGAGUACGAGUCCCAUUAUGCGAGAGCCGCUUUUGUUAGCCAGCCCGCCGGGCAACCACAGCAUCGAAGGGACCAUCUCACACAGUGUCAGCGAUCUUGGUGGCAGCCAGGUGCUGCCAGUGCAUGGCUCCAAGCCCCCAACACCCACCAAGGAACCCGUGCAUCCGCCAUCGCCCAUGUAUAACACGUUAACCAAAGAGCAGCGCACUUCCUAUCAGCAAUACGAUCGCUCGCCGGGCUCUGACCAGGAGAGCAGCCCAAAUGCUGGCUACCGAGAGGUGCGACAAGCGCCCAUCCCGCCCAGCAUAUCCGCACAUUCCAUGAAGGAAUACUAUCAGUCGGAUCGACCGGCAUAUCCGGCACACUAUCGCCAUAGCCAGACAGACCUCACCGAAUGGGAGGAGCAUCAGCAACACCAAGUGCCGCAGGUGCACCACAAUCCGUAUGGCAGUCAGAUGCUGAACCACCCACAGCGUCGCAGCGUCGGACCCGAGAGCGCGGAGCGUUUCGCUGGCUAUCGGAAUGGAAGUGCGCGGGAGAAUGGCGGCGAUUGGGAGCCAGAGGAGAGGCCACGAUCAAGACGCCCCGAGGGUCGCUACAGCGAUUCCACCAACAACGUGUCAGCCUCUGUGGCGAAUCAUUACUCGGGUUAUCAUCGGCGACCCAUUAACCGGAGCUCCAAUCUACUGUCUGCCACGCUCUGCCUGGUCAAAGAGCUUGACUACGCCAGCCUGGAGGUGCUCGAACAUGCCGUGCGCUGUCGCAUCGAUGAGAUGGCGACUGAAUGAUGAAGACGUCUCUCUAAUCGCAUGUCGAUUAGCUAAUCCCAGUCGCGUAACCUGGCACGCGCACGGGAAUCAACAAGACACAAAAGGCCAGAAAGAAAACAAAAGACACUCCUUGAGCAGGAGAAAAAGCUGGGAGCAGAAGCUGCAGCUGAUGACAGAAGGAGCGCAGCCUCUCGAAAUCUAUUUAACUAACGUCAAAAGCUACAAAAUCCAACAAAUACUUAACGAUUCAUACUUGCCAAUGUAAAUUACGAUAUAUGUGUACUAGGUUAACAAGUUUUCUAAGAAUAUUGCUAAGGAAAAACCAGUACCACACUAGGAGACAGUAGAUUGAGGAGAAGGGAUUUAUAUCUGAAAUAGGAAGCUAAGUUUCGUUGCGAUGAUUUCCGCCUGUCGUUUCCAUCUCAAUUUAGUUUGUUAACCACCUACUAGCGAUGGGCACUGACCACCACCACUGACUAGCCUUCUUUUGUACUUAAUAUGCGAGGAUUGUACUAAUUAACUAACGCCCAAGGCGCAAGCACAAUGCAUCUUCCUCGUUUUAAUUUUGAAUUAGUUUAAAUGUAUGUGGCGCUAUAUACUCAUAAAUUUGUUAAAUAUUUGUACACGACCGACCACUAAAACUAACGUGACUUUUAAAUUAAUUUAAUUAUAGUGAAAAAUACACGUCCAGUUUAUGUUUGCCUCUUGCCUGUCCCACAGAUUAUGUUUGAAUAUAAUAAUAUCAUUCAUGCGCAAUAAAUAAGCAAAUUAACA